AUGCCCCGCCAUCGUCUCCAGCUUUCACAACGAAGCCCAAUGGCGCUGACAAGGAGGGCGGGAACUGGUGGAUGGAUGGUGAGGACGAUGGCAGGCUCGGGCGUUCGGUUGUGCCUCCGAAGUUGGGCCUCCUGGGUGCUCCCCACCGCCUUCUACUUCCUUUGCUACUUCGACAUGCGGGACAUCCUCAACUCGCCCCAGUGGCCCCUCCUCAGUCCCGUCGACCAAGAAACGACCAUAGUGAGCUACACCAAACAGCGCCUGGCCUGUCCCCCUAUUCUCCCAUUCCUUCGCAUCCCAUUUGUCAAGGGCUGCACCAGUCUCAAGGAGUGUGACGAUUACCGCAUUCAAAACCUUGCAAACGUGCAUAACUGGAAUAUUUCCGAUCCCCUGUGGAGCUAUCGAGACUGGACGCCGUUCGAGAACCUUAUUUGCGCGUACUGCCUGAAGCAGGCGGAAGAGUACCAUCGGCAGGCAAGGAGGAAACUUUGGGACAAGUUGCCUGAGAUCUAUGGGCUUCCUAGCUGGGAAGAGUUGGCGUCACCUCCUUACAUUCAGACUUACGACUCUGCAUUCAGUUCACGUUUUGCGUCGAUCGGAAUCAUCGGACCAGGUCGACAUGAGCGAUCCUCGCAACAGAUUUCAACAACAACGUCAAAGGAGAACAAUUUAGGAAUGGAAUGGAGUCUGUACUGGACGGCGACCUGUGGUCUUUCCAUCGCUCCAUGUCCAGGCCCUACUUCAGCCGGGAUCGGGCUCGCCACUUCUAAAUUUUUGACCACUUUCAGGAACUCAUUAGUCGCUUCACCAUGGAUUCGGUCCAGCUGGGAGAGACACUACAAUGAGCGGUUUGACCUCCACCAUAUACUACCUCACACGACAUUCCAAUGUGCUCAGCCGCCUUCGAGGAGAGAUAUUGGACUACAUUGUACCUCCGAGCCGUUCUCAAUGAAACAAUGUGAAUAUACCCUCCGAGUCCUGUGCCAUUCAAUGAAGGACUUGUGGGGAGACGCGGAGGAGUUUGACCCCAACCGAUUCAUUGACGAACGACUUCAAAAAUAUCUGGUCUCGAAUUCAUUCCAGUUUCUCCCCUUCAACGCUGGGCCACGGAUCUGUCUCGGUCAACAAUUUGCCUACAACGAGAUGUCCUUCCUAGACAAAUACGGAGAUGAAUGCUCGAGGGUGGCAGCAUACAGCCAGCAGCUGCAGCAGCCAGCCACAUCUGCGACGCCACAUUAUCCAGGCAAACACAUUGGUCAUCUCCACCCACGCGCGGGAACCGGAUUGAAUCGGGAUUGA